GUCUGACCGUCGACCGCGACAACUCGCGUCGCUCCGCGUUAUUCUUCAUUGCUCCCUCGUGAACGAUCUUAUCGCGACAACCGGCCUAUCAAUUUAUCCUUCAAUCUGAUCUGCAAUCGAUCCUUUUCUUUUCUUUUCUUUUCUUUUCUUUUCUUUUCUUUCCUUUUCUUUCUCAUAAAAUUCCCGGCAAAUCGAACGCUUGUACUUGUUUAAAUAACAUUUUUGGAGGGAACCGAUUCAAUUGUUCGAAGGUGGCGAUUUUGGACACAUGGGUCGUGAGGCACGAGGGAUGAAUGAUGCAUCAGCGUGAUGCAUUUUCGAGAUAACACGCUCCUCCUGGCCGCAGUGCGUGGAUGGUGGUUGCUGGAAUAGUUGCUGGAGUAGAUCUCUUCGAUUCCCCUGGCACAGCCGUGAAGCAUUCACCACCUUCGUCUUUCGACAACGAUCAUCGGGGACCAUGAAGAGAUCUUUGAGCCUUUACUCGAAGAUCCUCGGCUGGACCGUCUCUCUUAUUGUCCUUCUUCUUUUUUUCUUACCAUCGAGGACGGCCGCGUUGGAGGAGAACUGCACCGACUUCCAAGGUGCCAUUGUUCGUCACGGCCUGCUCUAUGUGCCAGGACCUGCGGUCUGCAGUCUCUGCGUGUGUUACCAUUCCGAACCAAUGUGGUGUCAAGCGAUUUUCUGUACGCCACCCUACAAAUGCAAAAAGUUUCGAGUGGGUGAACGUUGCUGCGAGUUUGAGUGUCUCGACGACACGGACGCCAACUGGACCGGGCCAGAUUUGAUUAUCGCCGCAGGAUCAUCCAGGAUCAAGGAGCAAGGGACCGUAUGGCUAUUCGGUUUGAUCGCUCUUUUGAAGGUGCUCUAGUUUCUUACAAGAGGAUCCGAGUUUCGACGAGGAUCGAAAAACGGCUCAUCUGGUAUAGGUACGACGUGUUAGAGUUUACCUCUCACAAUCAGAGGAACCUAGUGACGCGGUUGUAGGAUUAAUUUCGUCUGAUGGAAUCGUCCUAAAACGUGUCGUUUUAUUUUAUUUUUUUCAUAUCUCGUUUAUCGCAACUUUCGACUUUCCGAAGUAGGUAAUUCAUUAAUUCUUUUGUAACCGUGCUUGAAUGCCGUGAUCGAUGAUAUGGAAAUUCGUUUUAUUGACGACUGAUCGAAUGAAGGAGAAUGAAGAACCUUGAAUGUUAGCGAUGUGGAAUUGAAAAAAUUGAAUUGAAGGAUUACACGAAGCUUGUUAACCCAUUUUUAUAUCAGCUUCGCUUAUACAAUGUGAUGCCUUCUGUUCUUUUACGUACUUUACGAUAUCAAAAAUUGCUUUCAUUAAAAGAAACUGAACCACGCUGGAAUUAUUGCAGAUUUAUAAAACGAGACGAGAUAAUAAAAGAAUCUUCAUCGACAAAAUAUGUAACGAGUAAGAAAAGACAGAAAUAUUUUCUUUCUUUUCUAUAUAUAGGUACACCUGUUUAUGGCGAUCAUGAAAAAAGGACUAAAAGAGAAAUGUACGAAAUACCUCGAUUAAUAAUCUGUUUACAAUAAAAUUCUAUUUUGCAAAAACGAAGCUCAUCAGCCUGUACACUUUAUUUACGAGAAUUCUGAGCACAAAUUAAAGAGAGAAUCCACGGGUUUGCUGUUCGAGGAUUAAUACAUAUUAUACGGUAUAUCCAUUAACACGUUGGCUAGCUGAGAUAAAUGCACCAUAAAUGCAUCGCGUUAAUCCUCGCUUUACUACGAGCGAAUGAAACGUUUUAAUCUCGUACGCGUCGUCGCGUCGCGUCGCGUCGCAUCGCGUCGGUACAUACAAUCUCGCUUGACAGAGUGACAUUUUAACGUUCGUUGUAUUUCAAUUUUCUAAUUUAUAGUAAAUAAAUUCCUCGUUUCUCUUUUAUUUAAGAAAUUGAUUCUUACCGCGUCGUCGCUUUCCUAGGAAUUUUCAGAAGAAUCUCAGAGAAUCGAGUUCGUUUAAGAAAUCCUUCGGAGCUUAAAGACCGUCCCUGACUUUCGUGGUGCUUUUAUUCUCUCGUUCCUUCGAGAUUGCGAAACUUGUCGAGUUUCUCACGCCUCUCGAGGCGUGCGAAUUGUUCCAAAGAAAAAAGAAAAAAAGAGAAAAAGAAAAAAAAUACUGCGAAACUAGGAUCAGUUAAUUAAUUUCGAUCAAUCCAUCCAUCCAUUCGUUCGACGGCCUACGCGUUUCCUAUGACCAAACAUAUCACUUCCGGUCGGGAAAACGCGAUGGAACGAAAAUGAACAAUUAAUCGAAACGAUAACAAUAAAUCUGUUGGAACCAAGAGAAUUUUAUUAAAUGAAAACACGGAUAAUUUUAAGAGUGAAAGUUUAAUGGAAAAAUUGGAAAUACAAACAUUGCUCAUUUAUUAUUUUCAAUGAGAAAAAUUUCCACGCUACCGUACAAUUAGGUAAUUCUCUUUUAAACGCGUAUAAAUCAUUAAAAAGAUAACGAUGCGAGUUUCGGCCUGCAUAAACAAGUUGAAAAUAAGCGAAUGUAAGAUACAUCUACCGCAAACUCAGUCAGUUUAACGAUUCAAUAUUUCAAUUGUAACCAUAAAACGAACAAUACGUAUUUUCUACGUGUAUGUAUGUAUGUAUGUAUGUAUGUAUGUAUGUAUGUACAUACAAAGAUGUAUAUUAUCGCAUGUAUAUACUUUGUCGGAUACGGAGAAGCGUAAAGAGAGAAAGAGUUCUUCGCGAUCGAAGAGGGAUAUUUAAUUAUAGGUAUUAAGAAGAAAAUCAGAACAGUAGAUUUUACCAUUUUACCCUCCAUAUUUAUGUAAUGUAUGUAAAGUAUCCGAUCGAUAGACGUGAUAUCGAGCAUCUUUUAUCAAGUAAAGAUAUAUCGAUUGAGUAUAGACACGUGCUCAAUUAAAUUUAUCGUAGUGAUAUCUCCAUCGAAUAUACAUGUAGAGUUUUAAGUAACGAGAAAGGGUUGCAGCGGACUCAAUUUUAAAUAUAUUAUAAAUCGUACCUCGAAUACCGAAUAUGUACACACUAAUUAAUCUUUCCUUUAUUUCAUUUUAUAAGCUGAUAAUAUUAAAUUAUCACCUUCUCGCUGUGAUUGCCAUGGAUGUUACCAGAAGAAGAACAGAAAAUUGAAAAUUACAUUGAUCAGACUAUUCCGAUUAGUCAUUUUAACUUGUGUGCAAUCAACGUGUCAAGCAAUCUUCCAAGAAACUGCAUAAUUUUAAUGAUUUUAUAGAGCUUCUUUAAAAAACAAUUAUCAUGUACAUUAAUUUGCUAAUUUGCUAAUUUGACUGAACUAUUAAUAAAAUCUGGCGAUUUUUAACGGUAGACUUAGAAAUUUUAAUUAAAAGUUGUAUCUUCUCUCUUAUUCAGGGAACAGUUCAGUACGGCAUAAAAAUAUACGGCAGAAAUAAUUCGAGCAAAGAACGCGUAACACAAUUUACAUUUUUCUCUUCUUCACGGUCCGAGUAUUUCUCAAUUCUUUUUUUACUUUUUUCACUUUUUUCACUUUUUUCACUUUUUUCCCUCCUUCAUAAAGAUUUCGCUGCUUUUACGCUCGUCAAGUACUCUUCUGUUCGGUGCAUAGUAAUUUCGUAGGCGUUUUCGCACUUAUGGUUGUAGAUCGUGGAUUUUUUAUUUUCAAUUAACCCUCUGUUAAAAGGGCUCUAUUCUCAUUGUCAGCCACCCGCGCAUUCUAUUUAAUGGAUAUUUUACAAAACUUUUUCUACUUGAAUAAAUUCUACUUGAAAACGGCAAUCAGAUUAUUAUAUUAAUCUAGAUUAGCGCGAGCUUUGAAUCAAUUCUAUGGGGUUGUACCAAUUCAGUCAUGUUCUACGAGCUAUCAUAAUACCAGUAUUCUACCAUUAAUAAUUCAAUGGAUUCUCAAUUCAUCCAAUUAACAGGCUACCAACUAACAGGUAUAAGGGUUAAAAAACAUUUAUAAAAAUUGGUGCUACGAAAAAGGGAAGAGGUAUUAUUUUUACCCCAAAAAGGUUCUACAGGCGAACGAUAUACGUCAGUAAAUUGCUGUACUUUUAAAUUUAUCGAAAAUAAAUCCGCUUCUUGUUA